AUGGAUGGCCCUCGAUCUAGUGGUCUACGCAAGAAGAGGAAGUCACGAUCAGAGCGGGAUCGUGAGAGGAGAUCAAAUGGGAUAAGGAACAACCAUGUUAAGGGCUCUGUCUUUCGCUUCUCCUCUGACUCAGAGCAGGGCGACCGGGAGCCCUCCUCAUCCCGCCCUCGACCCCCGCGAAGAAAGCGAAAGGAGUCUACUUCCGCUGAGGAGGACAUCAUCGAUGGCUUCUCCAUCACUGGGUUUGUGACCCUGGAGGCUCUGGAGAAGAACAUGACACUGAAGCCCCAGGAGUGCAGGGACAACCAGGCAGGGCCCCUGCACAAGAAAAAGCCUGCCAGGGUCCCUAACGGCCUGCGCCUGGAGCCCUGCAAGAACAAUCACCACCACCACCAGCCUUCAGACCAGGAGAACAACCCCCGCCUGGCACACACACAAGGCAAGAGGAAGAAGAAGCACCUGAACAAGAAACACUCGAUGCUGAAGCCAGGGCAGAACAACUGCAAGGACAGCGACAGCGAGAGUGUCAGUGGAGAGUCGAAGCCUUCCUUCAGGAGCAGCUCCAGAGACAGACUGACAGAUUGUGACACCGAGAGCGACCAAGACGACAAGGUCUCCGAUGCCGGCUCUGAGAAGUUUUUCAGCACAGCUGCAGUUAAAGUUCCAGAUUUUGGCAUCGAUGUGCUCUCCACCAAUGGCAGCCAGGAGCCUCACGGCCCAGGCCUCCUCAAGGUGUCAGGCCUAGAGCGCAGUCAAGAGAGGAGCCAGGAGAGCUGCAGGGACCCCCAACCCCCUGCAUCCAGCACCCCCGAUCAGCCUUUGCCCGCCCAAGACCUCCCCCUUACCCAGCCACAGCCACAGCCCCAGCCGUCCAUCCCCCGGCCCCUGUCCCCUCAUUGGACCCAGGCGAACGGCCCUACCCAGGCUCCGGCCUCGACCCACCUGCCCCCACGUUCAGAGGCUCUCCCCAGGCCUCAGACGCCCGCAGCCCUGCCUCUCGCCCAGGGCCAAGAGCCCUCGCCGCCCCCCCCUCCCCGGCCCCAGCAUCAGCACCAGCACCAGCCUGAACUGCUGUCUCAUCCCCGGCCACCACCCACGCCCAGCCUCCACCCACAUCCACCAUCGCCUGCCCUCCCAACUCACCAUCCUCACCAACAGCAUCCCAGUCAGGCGGGGCCUCACCGGCCUCCAUCGCGCUGCCACCCCCGGCCCCUUUCUGCGUACAACGGCCUCAACCUCAACGGUCACAGGAGCAGCACACCAGGCACCAAGCCCCACGGGCCCCCUGGUCCCUCCUUUCACCUCCCCCACCACCCGCCAGCUCCCGCGGCGGCCGCUACAGCAGCAGCCUCCGCCUUCCCCUUGCCCUUGGCGGCUAACCAGAACACCCCCCACAGCUUCCCCCCUGCCUUGCAGUCCUCGCCCCACCCACAUCACCCCAAUAUGUUCGCUCCUCCAGCGGCUUUGCCUCCACCGCCACCACUGACGUCUAGCGCCCUGCCAGUACCUGGACACCCUGCUGCUGGGAGUGCCUACUCAGAGCAAGACCUUCUGCGCCAGGAGCUCAACACCCGUUUCCUGGCCUCCCAGAGCGCCGACCGCGGCGCCUCGCUGGGCCCUCCGCCCUACCUGCGCACUGAGUUCCACCAGCACCAGCAUCAGCACCAGCAUCAGCACCAACACACCCACCAGCACACCCACCAGCACACCUUCACGCCCUUUCCCCACGCCAUCAUGCCCACCCCAGCACCGCCCAUGGUGCGUACCCCUGCCAGAAAUUUUGACAAAUACCCAACAAAAGUUGACCCCUUCUACAGACACAGUCUCUUCCACUCCUACCCACCGGCCAUGUCUGGCCUUCCCCCUGUCAUCCCUCCAACCGGGCCCUUCGGCUCGCUGCAGGGCGCCUUUCAGCCCAAGACCUCUAAUCCACUGGAUGUGUCCACAAGACCUGGAGCCGUCCCACACACAUUCUUACAGAAGGACCCCAGGCUAACGGAUCCAUUUCGGCCCAUUCUCAGGAAACCAGGAAAGUGGUGCGCCAUGCAUGUCCAUAUCGCCUGGCAAAUAUACCACCACCAGCAGAAAGUGAAGCAGCAGAUGCAGGUCGACCCUCACAAGCUAGACUUCGGCCUCAAGCCUGAGUUCCUGAGUCGACCUCCGGGCCCGGGGCUCUUUGGCGCCAUCCAUCACCCCAGCGACUUGGCACGGCCCGCCACGCUCUUCUCCGCUGCAGGUCCUACACACCCAUCAGCUGGUCCCUUCGGCCAUCCGCCCCACCAUCCUGGAAACUUCCUCACCCCAGCAUCUCACUUAGAACCUUUCGCAAGACCUGCAUCAUUUGGAGGACUGGGCUCUCUCAGUUCAUCAGCCUUCGGAGGACUGGGAAAUCCAGCACUAACGGCAAAUUCAGUAUUCGGCCAUAAAGAUGGCCCCAAUGCACAGCAGCACUUCAACAGCAGCAGCAACAGCAGCCACCAGGAGCCGUGGAACCGCCUGCACCGCACGCCGCCCUCCUUCCCCACACCACCUCCCUGGCUGAAACCCGGAGACUCUGAAAGGAGCACCUCAGUCAGCUCACAUGAAAGGGACCGAGACUCUGACAAGCGGGACCCGUUGGUCGGUAAAGACGACAAGGACAGGGACUCUGUGGAGAACCGCCACCUGAGCCAUUCGUCACCAGUCCCUGUAAACCCCAUUAGCCUCCUUGGCCACAGCCGGCCUCCAGAGCACCACAGGAACCACUUGCCUCCUGCUUCUGGAGAACCUCAGAGGGACAAGGAGAACAAGGCAAAAGACAGGGAGCGGGACCACUCUGAGUCCUGGAAAGACAAUGGCACAGACGACCACAAGCUCAAAGACAACCAGCACAGCGACAAGGACACACCUGUCAUCCACGAUGGCCGGGUGUCAGAGGACAAAGUGUCCAACAGGGGGACGGCAUCCCCGUACGUCCGACAGACCAGCCUCGAACGGCCCAACAGCAGCCUGAGCAGGGAGGUCCUGGAGAAGAAGGUGGAGCUGCCGUACGAGCACCAGAAGAAGAGCAGUGAGGUGAAAGUGAAGGAGGAGAGGAAGGAGGAACAGGAUGGAGCUACAGAGAGGCCAAGUGAGCACCCAGCACAGGCGCCCUCCACGCCAAACCUCCACCCCCCCUCCUCGAUGCCUGUGCCUAUGGGCAUGGCUGGUGUCCACCCGAUCAACAGCAUCAGCAGUCUGGAGAGAACUCGAGUGGUGGCGCCCUUCAUGGGUAUCAGCCCCAUCCCAGGAGCUGACAGGUUCCCCUACCCUGCCUUCCACUGGGACCCAAUGAGGGACCCCUACAGGGGCCUGGACAUUCACAGACGGGACCCUUUGGCCAGGGACCUGCUGCUAAGAAAUGACCCUCUGCACCGGCUGGCGGCGCCACGCCUCUACGAGGCCGAGCGCUCCUACAGGGACCGUGAGCCUCACGACUUUAAUCGUGACCACUCCCACCCUCUGGCCCUGGAGCAGAGGAGGGAGCAGGAGCGCGCCCACCUGGAGGAGCGCGACCGCCUCAACAUGCUCAGAGAGGACUAUGAGCACGGGCGCCUCCACCCUACAAUGCACCAUCCUGCCCUUGACGGACACCUUCCGCACCCCGCCCCGGGCCUCAUGGCCCCUGGACUCCCGGGCAUGCACUUCUCCAGGGUCAGCCCCUCAGCCGCAGCAGCCGCAGCCCAUCAGAAUGGUAUCCUCAACAAAACACCACCCACCGCCUCUCUGAGUGCCCCGCCCCCACUCAUCCCCACAUUGGGUGCCCGGCCCGGCUCGCCCAGACGGACUACUCCCCUGGCCACAGAUAUCAGAGACAGGCCGGCUCACAAAGACAUCGAGGCACGGUGAGCUGAGCUUCAGCAGACUCGGUGCCCCUUCAGCCCUGUGCCUCACUAACACUGAACUCACACCAAGCACUUAGCUUUGGGCAAA